AUAUUUACACUCUCUCUCUCUUCAACUUCAAAUAAUCCUUUGGCAUGAAAUGAAAUCCUCUCGCAAGGGCAGCUUCUUCUCCUCCUCUUCCACUGCUGUAACCUUUGCCUUCCAUAAUGACGACCACUCUACUUCUCCAACCCAUCACAGUGUCACUGAGAUUCCCAUCCAGUCCUCCGAAGCCGCUCCAAUCCCCGUCACCGUCCAUCUUCCCCACCAAUUCCAAUCCAACGCCGCCGCCAAGAUACAAUCCACCUACCGUGCCCACACCAUCCGCAAACUGUACAGAAAAAUCUCGGCUGUCAACUCCGAAGCCGACCAGCUACAACGCUUGAUUCAGCUGCAGGAGACUGUGGACGCCGUCAGGAGCGACGAACGCGCGAGGCUGAGGAUGAACGAGGCGCUGAUGGCUCUGUUACUGAGGCUGGACUCGUUGCCCGGUAUUGAUCCGACGUUGAGGGACGCGAGGAGGAAGGUGAGCCAUCGGAUCGUGGGGUUGCAGGAGAUACUGGACGCGAUUUCGGAAGCGAAGGUGCCGGGCGAUGAUCACUGUUAUCAUGCGUGGGGUACACCUUGGGGUUAUGGAUACGAUGGCUUGACGAGGAAUUGGGACGACGUCGUGGCAGAGAUGGAGGAGGAGGUUUGCAGGGAACGAGGUGGUGACGAGAUGGAUAGGUUUUGUGCGCAGAAUUUGGGGUUUCGGUGCUUGCAGAGGUUCCUGAAUGAGCCCUGAUCCUUUGGUUCGGUUUCCGUCGGGUUCAGCUUUUACCAUGUGUAUUAUAUAUAUAUAUAUAUAUAUAUAUAUAUAUAUAUAUAUAUAUGAAGUUCUGUGUUCUGGAGGUGAAUUGUUAUUGUGGUGGAUGGCAUAUAUAUGAUGGGUUCUAAGAAAAUUAAAAUUAACAAA